AUGAAAGUAACAGGAUCACCAUCCAUAGGUCAUUUUCAACGUCGACCAAGUUUAGGAACAUCUAUAGCUAGAGCUAUGAUAUCGAUGAGUCCAGAUGUUACUUUUGAUAGAAUUUCUGAAAAAUCGACAAGCCUUAGUAUAAAAUUAUGUGAAUCACUUGAAUCAUCUUUUUCGGGUACAUCAUGUUUUUCUCGAUCGACAGCUUUAAGUCAUAUAACAGGUACUAGUUCAACAUUACAUUCAAUGACUGAACGAACUACAACUUCAAAUUCUCCACAAUAUCAGCCAACACAAUUUCAUUUACUUGAAAUACCGAAUGAUUUAAAUUUAGUUUUUAAUCGUCUUGAUGAUUGGCAAGAACCACAUAGUGAACAACAUAUUAUUGAAAUUUCUCGAUCAGCAAAUGUUAUUCCUACUGAACAACAUUUAUUUCCAUUGAAUAAUAAUACAGGAACAUCAUCAUUUAUGAAAUAUAUUCAAGAAAAUACUCAUCUUGGAAUGAAAUGGGAUCGUUUAUUAACUCCAAUUAAAGAACCAUUUACAAAAAAUAUACAUGACCAACAACAUAUUCAAUUAGCAUUAUCGUUAUUUAAAUUAAUUUUACGUUUUGUAAAUACAUCUGAACAUGAUAUAAAACGAGAUCGAGCAUUAGGUGAUUAUAUAAUUCAAAUGGGUUUAAUGAAUGAAAUUUUACGUGAUGAAAUAAUAAUUCAGAUAGUAAAUCAAAUAUGGAAUAAUAUUGACUUAAUUAAAUUAAGUAAAGCAUGGCUUUUAAUGUUUAAUUGUAUUGGUUGUUUUCCACCAUCAUCAAAAUUUUAUAAAUAUUUAUUCAAUUUCAUCUCAGAAGAAAAUCCAUCCAAUACUGAAUUAGGUAAACGAAAAUUAUUAGCAGCAGGUUCUGCUGAUGCACCAAGAACAUAUCCACCAAUACAGUUAGAAUGGUCUGCUAAUAAACGUUCAAUUCCAAUGGCACUUCAAGCACAGUUUUUUGAUAAUUUUGAAAUUCUCGGCGAAGUUGAAUCAUGGAUGACAGGUGAACAAUUUGCAUAUGAAUUAGUAUCAUCACGUGGUAUAUUAAAAGAUAAUUCAUUUGGAUGGACUGUAUCAUUAGAAGAUAAUGACAAUGAAAUUGAAUUAAUGGGACAUGAUUAUAUACUUGAUUUAAUAAGUGAAUUAGAAAUUCCACCAUGUUCACCAGUUUGUAAAUCAUUUUUUCUUAUACAUGAUGGUCGUGAUCGUUCAUCAAAAAGUCAACGACGACGUAAUCAUCGUACAACAGUUAGAUCGAAAGAAUGGUUUUUAAAAAUUGAUAAUACACGUUCAAGUCGUUUAUCAAAAAAUGGUCGACGCGUAUCUUCAUCAAAUUGUUCAUCACCAUACAAAUAUCCAAAACAUUUUAGUAGUGAUGAUCAACAACAAAUUGAAAAAAAAUAUAUUAAACAUCAUUCACCUGUUUAUCAUGAUGUAACAAGUAAAAAAUCGAAUUCAUCAUUAUCAUCAUCAUCAUCAUCGUCAGAAAGUUUGCAUGAACAUCAACCAUUUUCACUACUACCAUCAGCAACAAAAGAUUUAUUAAAAACUGAUGCAACUAGUGCAUAUUCAAUAACUGAUGGUCAACAAGCUGAAAUUCCUAUACAAAAAAAUGAAAUAAAUAUGCCAUAUCAUCAAGAUACACCAACAUUACCACCACCAUUAUCAUCAUCAAGAUCGAGUAGAGAAAAAGUAAAAGUUGAUGAGGAAAUAAAACCUAUUGAAAAACGAGUACCAGUAAAUAAUCAAUCAUCAAUUAAUAAAACAAAUCCUAAAUCAGCACCAGUAUCAACGAAUGAACGUAAAGGAUCAAUACGUAAAACAAAUACAUUUACAUCAUCAUCACAUUCAAUGAUUGAUGCCGGAUGUGGUGGACAUCUUAUAUCAAAAAUACCUGCUUUGCGUUGUUUUCGUCCAACUAAACAACAUCAUACAGCAAAAUCUCAUAAAACAUCACCGUUACCUCCACCACCACUUGUUGUUAGUGAUUAUAGUGGUGUGGAUAAUCCAACAUCAUUUUAUGGAGAAUUUUCUGCUUGUUCAGAUGGUCCAGCAAAUUUAAAUCAAUAUGAAAAAAUUGGCUCAUCAAUUCAUAAUGCAGUAAAGCCUAAUGGUCAUAAUGAUGAAUAUCGUUUAUCAAGUGUCUAUUCAGAUGGCGAUGUUGUUGGUGACGUUCAAGCUGAUUUAACCGAGUAUGAAACUGAAGAUGCACAAAUAAACAGAAAUUCCCCUGCAAAAGAUAAUUCUAAACAAGGAACCAAAUUUAUAAAAAACAAAUUUGUACGACCUAAAUCAGGUUAUCCGCAAGCUAAAAAACAAGGAAAUUCCAUAUUUGAUUCUGAAUCUAUUGCUACUAUAACUGAUCUUCCAUUACCAUGUCAUAAAUCAGAUGUUGAAGCAUUUCUUGAUGAUCUAUUUGAUCGUGCACUUGAUCCAAAAAAUUUAGCAAAGAAAAAAACUCAAACAAAAAUAUUAUCAACACUUGAUCAACGUCGUUUACAGAUAAUAUCAAAUAGUCGUAUUGAUCCAUCAGCACGUCGUCGUGGUUUAUCAAAUUUACUUCAUAAAAAUCAUCUACAAAAAAAAUCUUCAAUUCGUUCAAUAAAUGCUAAUGAUCAAAAUGGGAAAAAAAAGAAAACAAGAAAUGAAAAAAAAGAUACAGCAGAACGAAAAAAAUCCAUUAAAACAAAGAAAAAACGUAAUCAACAAUUAAAUACUAAUAACAAUAAUAGUAAUGCAACGAUGAUCGAUCAUGGUUGUUCAUCAUUUACAAAUGAAAACAGAUUUAUAUUACCUCAAAUUGGGUAUUCAAGUCGAACAGAAACUGAUGAUACAAGUGAAUAUACAAAAUAUAUGCAUCGACCAAAACAUCGUGUUUUUUAUCGUCAACCAAGUGGUUUUCGUAAUCAACGAUUUGAUCGAAUGCGACCAAUUUCUACUGUUAAUUCUAAUGAACAAGAUCCUAUUGAAAAACAUUCUCAUUUUAAUAUAAAACUUAUUCCAAUUAAUCCUGCUGUAUGUUUUGCAACAACAAGUUCAACAUCAACAAUUACUAAAUCAAAUCAAUCAACAGCAUCAACGAAUUCUAAUGGGCCUGUUUUUGUACCGGUUAUUAAUAUUAGUGGAAAAAAAUAUCUUCCCGUUUAUUUAAAACAAUCAACAGACGUUAAUAAUCCAACUGAUCAAAUAAAUCAACCCGAGCAAAUGCCAUAUCAUUCAGAAAAUUAUGUUUCUCAAUUAAUAUCCUCUAAACAAGUAAAUUCAUCAAAGAAAACGCCAACUAUAAUCGAAGAAAAUGAAGUUGAAACACAAUCCAGUACAUCUCCAACAUCAAUAAUAAAACCUAAUAUAAGUGUUCAACGUCUUUCAAUGUCACAAUUAGAUUUAAUGUCAUCGCGUAAUGAUCAAACACAAAAAAAAUCUAUUUCAAAAGAAAAUUUAACAACGAAUAAUAAAAGUCCUGUCAAAGUUCCUUCACAUGUCUUCACACGACGUUCUCCUGAAGCUCAAAAAAAUUUACGAGCUAAAACAGUACGAAUUGGUAAAAUUCGCUGGCCACCACCACUUAAUUCAGAAGAAUUAGACAAUGCUAAUCAACAAAGACGUAUACUAGUACAACGUCGUAUACAAGAAGAAAUUCAUGGUAAUAAAACAAUGCCAAAUGAAACACAUCAAAAGAGUAUCAUUAAUAUAUCUAAUGAACAUGCAUCAAUAUCUCAAGAUCGUUCUCAAACUGUUCAUCAUAUAAAACAAUUAACUGUCGAACAAAUAAUAUCAAAUAGUCGACGUUCACAACCCGAUGAAAGAAUUUUAUCAACAUCAACGAAUGAUCAACAAAAAAAAUCUUCUACUACAAAUACAUCCAUCGAUCCGAAAGCUAUAUGUAAUAACUUUGAUAAAUUACGAACAAUACAAAGUGACGUUAUAAUUAAAUAA